UAUCUAUGCUUAUUACAAGUAUUCUCUAAGACUCGUACGUCGAUUCAUGUUGUUCAAGUUUCAUUCCUAUCUGUGUUUUCUGCAACUGAUCUUCUUCUCACACUGUAGCAAAGGUUCAAUUUUGAUCCAUCUCAGAUAAGAUACUUAUCACAACCAUGAUACCAGUCUCACUUGAAAAGUCGGAUGAGAAUGGAGAACUACGUUCUUAUGCUUCCUGGCUAGGAAAACAUCCUUCUGCCUUGGGAAAUUUUGAGGAGGUGAUGACCAUUGCUGAAGGGAAACAAAUUGUUGUGUUUUUGGACUAUGAUGGAACACUCUCACCGAUUGUAGAUGACCCUGACAAGGCUUACAUGAGUGAUGUUAUGCGUGCAGCUGUAUGUGAAGUUGCCAAUUGUUUUCCCACUGCCAUUGUUAGUGGAAGGAGCAAGGAUAAGGUAUAUGAAUUUGUGAAGUUAGAGAAUGUUUACUAUGCUGGAAGUCAUGGUAUGGACAUAUCAACACCAUCAGGCUCUUCAAAAUAUGAAGAGCAGGAGCAUCAGAUAAAGGCUGUUGAUGAAAAGGGUAAUCCCGUUGUUCACUGUCAUCCGGCAAUAGAAUUUUUGCCAACAAUCCAAGAGAUAGUUAAGGUUUUGAAAGAAAAUACAAGAAGAAUAAAGGGCUCUAUGAUUGAGGAUAAUACAUUCUGUGUCACUGUACACUACCGGUGUGUGAAAAAUGAAGAGGAAGUUGGUGUUCUCAAAGAAAUGGUAAAGACUAUUAUGAAAGCUUACCCCGAUUUUUACAUAUCAGGAGGAAGAAAGGUUAUGGAGAUACGUCCAACUGUAAACUGGGACAAAGGUCGUGCUCUUACAUAUUUGCUUGACACUCUUGGCUUUGACAACUUCAGCAAUGUUCUUCCAAUGUACCUUGGGGAUGAUAGAACAGAUGAAGAUGCUUUUAAGGUAUCGUUUGUUAAAACAGAUGCCUUAUUUUUUAGAGUUUAGUUUUCAUGAUGCAUUGUUAAUGUAAAGAUUUUUCUAUUAUGUAUUAAUUAAAGAAUCACUUUAGAUAUAACUUUCAAAGUAUUUAUUAGA